AUGGCCAAGCAAAAGACAGCGCCCGUCGCCUCGCCGGCAAAGGCUGGCAACGAUAACACCGCGGCGACACAUCAACAGGCCGCAAAUGACCAGCCUGCAACACAAUUCGAAAAGAUGGCUGCUCUGGUCGUGCCCCCCGCCUGGGUUCGCCGGAUCAUCUUCGUUACUCUUAUCGUCUAUCUCACGCCGAUGCUUCUUGCACACUGGGUUGAGACGUCAACAAAACUCAUCAGGAUCUUUCAGUCGUAUACCUCAGGGAGGUGA